CCGGCGCGGCUCAGUUUCCGGGCGAGAGUCGCGCAGUCCGCCCGCGCCGCGACUCAGUUCCGUUAGAUAGUCAAUUUUAAUCCUUCACCAUGCUGAUAGGACUCGUUCGGGACUCGGUGCUGCAGUGCUUCUGCCACUCGUGCAGAGCACCGGUCCUGCCUGCAGCACACCGGCGCUCGGCACCAGUCAAGAAACCAGUCGGCAAACCAAGGACGAAGCAACCAAAGAAGGUCAAAUUUAUAACGACCGAAAUCCGCUGCCAGGAGAUGUCGAAGGGCGGGCUGGCGUACGAGGUGAUCCUCGCCGAGCCCGUGGGCGUGCCCGUGCCGCGCCGCGCCGACUCCCUCGAGAAGACCCCGUCUGUCGAGGAGAUACAGGAGAAAUUGAAAGCUGCCGAGGAGAGGAGACGUAGUUUGGAAGCCAGCAAAAUGGCCGUGAUCGCCCAGAAGAUGGCCAAGAUCGAGGAGGCGUCGCGGUUCCGCAGCGAGCAGACCAACAACUUCAUCGCCACCACCAAGGAGGCGCUGGACGCCAAGAUGGAUUCCCAUGAGGAGAAGCGCGAGGCAUACAUCAACGAGCUGAGGGCUCGGCUCAAGGACCAUCUCGAGGGCGUCGAGAAGACAAGGUUGACUCUGGAGCAGCAGACGGCCGAGGUGUACAAGGCCAUCGAGGAGAAGAUGAACACGGCCGCCGCGCAGCGCGACGAGAACAUCAAGAAGAUGCUCGAGCGCCUUCGUGAACAUGAGGAGCAGGUGCGCAAGGUCCGCGCCGGCAACCAGGAGCGCUUCCAGCAGCUCGAGACCUCCAUCCAGGACAAGCUGCAGCAGGCCGAGGAGCGCCGCCUCGCCCGCGACGCCGAGCAGCGCGAGAAACGGCGCCAUCAUAACGCUAAGAUCGAGGAGGCGCGCUCGACCGUCACGGCCAAGGUGGAGGAGAUCACCAAGGACAUCGAGACCAAGCUCAGCGCCGCCGAGCAGAAACGGGAGCUGGAGAUACAGAAGAAACUCGCCUUUGUUAAAGAAGAGGAGCGGCGCGCGGAGCUGGUGCGGCAGAACAAGAACGCGCGCGCCGACGCCGAGCCCGCGCCCUCCUGCGGCUAGUGCCCCCCCCCCCCCCCCACCCACCCACACACACACACACACACACGCUCCACCUUGUUGCUGUCGACACACGGCCCAUGCUCAACUGAUGUGCGAUGAAUCACGUUUACAACAAAAAUACCUUCACUAAUAAACAGCUGGACUGUUCGACAUCUAAUAUUUAUGUGAUUAGUACCGUCAACCAGGGUGAAUAGGGACUUACCUGACAUGACAAUUUCUUAAAAAAUUGUUAUUCAAAUUAUAUCAUUUAAUUGAAAAUAAAAGUAGGUUUUGUAUGAUACAACUUGUGUGGGUAUUUUUUAAGAAAUUGACAGAUAAAUCGCAUUUAAAUUUUGCCCUAUUCACCCCAGCUGUCCCUAUUCAUCCCAGCUAUCCCUAUUCACCCCAACUAUCCCUAUUCACCCCAACUAUCCCUAUUCACCCCAACUAUCCCUAUUCACCCCAACUAUCCCUAUUCACCCCAACUAUCCCUAUUCACCCCGACUAUCCCUAUUCGCCCCGGUUGACGGUAUUUAAUGAUGGCCGUAGACUUGUUUCCUUUUUUAAACGUGUAUUCGCAGUAACUUAAAUAUAGAAAUAGGGCUCUAUAACUAUUACAAAUAUCGUACAGUAAUACCAAAUUGUGGUGCAUAAAAUAUUAUUUCAGUAUUUCAGAGGCAUCCUAAUCGUAAAAUGUGACAAAGGAUACUUGAAUUGUUCACGUAAUUUAAAUAUGCCUUCACAAAUAUCAACAAGGAAAACUGACGUAAUAUUAAAUGUGCUAUAAUUUCAUUGAAUUAACUUAAGAUAUGUGUAGUUUUAUAAAGACCCUGGAAGGCUUGUCAGGUCAUUAACAGUAACAGCAUAAAAUAUGUAACAACCCAAAUGAAAAGGGACCUUAUGACAGUCGGCGUUUAUGCCAUUAUUAGCGGCGCGCCAAUACUAAUGCGACGUAAGCGCUAACCGCCAUAAGGUCCCUUUUCAUAUGGAUUGUCAGAUGUAGUUUUGUCAUGUGCAACAUGACACUGCCUGGUUUUCUUAUAUAUAAAAACUUGUUUAUAAACCAGUUGGCUGUUUGGGCUCUACCACCUAUAAGUGUCAUAGCCAGACCAAGCUAAGUUGGCAGCGCUUUUAAUAGCCCAGAUGGUGCAAGUGUUAUUCUAAACGUCAAGCUUCUAUGUAAUUAUAACGUUUACUUAUCACUUUCACCGUCUGGGCUAUCAAAAUCGCUGAAAACUUAACCUAGUCUGACAAUUCAUCAAUUUAUCAGUAACAUGCCGAAACAAUUAUUAUUUUAUCAAAACAUUAUUGAUUGUAACAAAAAAGUGACGUCUAAGAAAAAUCGUGCCAUCUAAUUCGACAACAGAACAGAGAUGGCGCUGUACUGCGCCGUAUAUUUUGCGGUCGCUGAAUUGUCAACCGUAAAUUUUUGACAAUCAGUACCAGUGGACUGAGCCGUACAGCGCCAUCUCGUCAAGCAGUCACACAUUCGAAGCACGAAAUUGUCUUAGUCUUUACUCAUAUAUGUAGUGCAAUCAAUACAAUGUGUCACAAAAUUUGUGGGGAUACAUUUAUGGGCAUGUUCAAUAUCGUGUUCUGAUAUUUCAGAAAGUUAUGUACCCGUUUUGCCUUAAUUAUCUUUAAUUUUCCAUACAAAAUUUAUCAGUCAGUUUUGUAACGGUCCAUUAUACAAAUCUAACUAUUAAAAGUGGGACACUUUUUUUAUUGCUUAAAUCGAUAGUGCUCGAGAAGAAAUAAUCCAAAAUUUGUUAGGUUUAAAAAAAGUACAGGGUACACUUUUUUCUGAAAAUGCCCUUAAGAAAAAAUGGAAGAAAAAAUUUUUUGACGCAAAAAAAAUUUGGACUUUGAAUUCGUUGCCGAGUUAGACGAUGUGCCCCAUAAAUAAAAAUCUUAAACUUUCCACUAUUUUUGUUACACCUCUUUGUAUUGCAUGUUAAAGAUAAGUCGGUAUAAACAGUGGCAAUGUGAUGCGUCGAGUGGCGUCACUGCGUGCGUCCCGCUUACUCCGUGGUCACGCUUCGAUGGAACAUUUUCAUUUGAACUUUCAUUUUAUCUUGGCAUCGCUGAGGCCUAUAUCGUUCGUGAUCUCAUUUGGAACUCCUACCCGUUUAUACGUGAACCUAUCCGGUAACAGGGGUCACCAACUAAUUUCUCAGGGGUCCGGUUUUUAAAAUUACCAUCGCGGUCCGUUUCCACUUAAGUUUAUUAAAUAACCAAAAACUUUAAUAGCUUGCCAUUUGGUGACCCCUGCUGUACUGGGUAAAAUCGAAAUCAUGCUAAAUUUUAAACAAUUCAUUAAAGUUUUAAAGGAUUUUGAGCGGGCGUUCGGGAUAAAUACAUCCCUAUAGUUAGUUAUAGACUUAUAUCAUUAUUUUAAAUGUUUAUCAUACGCGGCAGUAUUUUUAGGAAAGUAUAAUAAAGGUAAUGUAAUUUAAGUUGUCACAUUCGUAUCGAUAAUCCGCCAUUGCUACCGUCUGUGUGUAUUAUCGGACCGAAAAUGUUUGUAUGGAUCAACGAUCUGUUGAAACAUGACACUGGUCACAUAUUUAAACGUUUUUAGUCCUUUUCUCUUUAGGAGUUAUGAAAUUUGUUAAAUUCGUUACCGGUGACAUGUUUUCUAGAUGUAAGUAAUAUCGGAACAGCGUUGUUUAAAAUAUAUGACAAUGCUUUAAACGUUGGAGUUUGUCACAUGUGUUAUAAUGACGUAUAAUGUUAGGAUAUUAUUCACAUUGGGCAUUGCAACCAAAUAUUAUUAGAUCUAUAACACUUCUUGCCAAUUCUGUUAGAAAAAUACAGAUAAUUCACUUGUCAUAGUUUUGAAAUGAAUUAUUUGGUUUGCAAUGUUUAGAAAAUUAAGAUUGUUGGUCGUGGGUGUGUGGCUGGUUGUGUCCUUAAGACAUGUUGGGACAUAUCUGGACAUGUCCGGAUAUGUCCGGGCGUGCUCGGUCUGUGAUAUCAGAAUAUUAUAGCCUUGUAAUCUAAUAAGAUUUUUUUUAUUGAAUUUCUUUUGCUCGAAACUUUAGAAAUGUUUCAAUUUUGCUUGAUCAAUGAGAGUUUCCAAUUCUAUGGUCUGUGUUCGCCACGAUGUUAAGGUUUCUAAUGGUCGACAUCUUUCAAAUACUUUAUAGCCCACGAAAGUCUCAAUAUCUCCGACCGAUCUGUUAUUUUGAGAACAAAAUUGAUGCAAAAACAUGAUUGGGUUGGGUUGAAUUGCACUAUAUGGGAUAGAAAAACACAUCUUAAGAGGAAACGGGACGCACGCUUCUCCAAACUUAGUCCCCAUUUUCCUCUGGAUAUUGACAUUAUGCAAAAUAUUUCUACAUAAUUUGAUGUAAGUAUAUUACGCAUAGCUAUGCCCUAACGAUUGACUUUUUAGAAUUUUUAGAUUAUUUAAAAAUCAAGGGCAAAAACAAAAGCUCUUUUAAUAAUUAAAAAUUCGUAAAAAAAAUCAAACGUAGGGCAUAUUAGCUAUGGUUUAUAUACAACAAAUCGUCUCAAAAUAUUUUCAAUAAUGUUAAUAUAUACGUUUGUAUAAGGCAAUUUGGAAUAUUCUGAUAUCUACGGCCCGGCCUCACCAGCGUUGGACAGAGCUCACUCGAUCUCAAAGAAACAAUAAAAAUAGAAGUGCCUCACUAUUUCAUAAUCGGCUCUCUGAUAUCAAUAGAGUGUAAAAACUGCCUUUCAUAGCGUUUUAUAUUUUUUUAAAGGUAGUGGGGCUGAGUCGGGCACGGCUUCUGUGAUGUUGCGCUCUAGUGAUAUGUGUAUCGACUUCGGUUAGGCACAAAUUAUAUCGAUACAUUUAAGCUCAGGGAAAUAUACUAAUAGACAUGCGGAGUCUAAAUAAGAAUGUAUUUUUAUUAAUACUAUGGUUGUGGCAAAAAAAAAGGUUUAAGGUUUGCUUUAUGAUAAACGGUUAACCUAGCCUAUGGCAGCUUGGAACACUAGUGGUGUCACACUUGCGUAGCCAACCUUUGGUCCUGAAACAGCAGCAGUAAUUUUAACGAAUUCUUAUUUAAUCCGCGUGUAUAUUAGUUUAUUAGUCUGUUUUUUUAGUUACGGAGGGGAUCCUGUAUUUUAUAGUGUUUUCGCGGUUAAUUUAGGGUCAGUGGGAGGAUAAUAAUUGUAUAUAAGUUAGAGUCGGUAUCGCUUGCCGCGGAGGCUUCGCUCGGUGUCCUGAUAGGACUAGUGUAAGCAGAGACCGGUUAAUCAUAAAGACUGUUCAUCUCAAUAAUGUUCCUUUAAAAUAAUGUAUUCUCUGAAUCUAUGAAAUUAUUUCUAUAAAGUAAGGACGUUACGAAGAAUUUCGCACAUUGACCUGCUAUUUCUAUCGCAAGCGCAUAUUGCUGUCCCGCUCGCACAGUGGCAUUGGCCACCGGCAUGGGCGGGACAGCAAUAUAAUUACGCUCGUGCGCUAAAGUUAGAAAAUGGCGUGUCAAUCAAUGUACAAAAUUCCUCGUGCUUUGCGUCCUUACUUUUCAAUGUGGUCCUAAUGACAAAAGAAAGUAACGCUAUCACGUUUUGAUUUUAGAGAAUGAAUUGGCAUUCUGUAUUAUUUAUCGGUCUCUGGUGUAAGUACUAGCUUGUGUAACCUUCUGACCAAUCGCCUUGGGUAUUGUGACGCCUUUUUCUCACAAUCGGGAAUCAUGUAUGCGAGGAGCUUGUCGGCCUAGCGCCGAACGUUUAGUUAUUUUAUAUUUUACGUCUUGGUGUGCUUCAGUUCGUGGGCAGUUGGAGUACUUUUGUAGUUUCAUUGUCGUAUUUAAUAAAGUCAUAAAUAUUAAUUAA